GUAGAUCCCUCGUUUCGAAAACUGUUGCAUAUCGUUGGUGAAAAAAGGGAAAAAAAGUGUUGUGAGAGUCCGAGAUCGCAUGAAAGCUGCUCGAAUGCUCUAAAUGAGCGAUGACGACGAAAGGGUGACCGACAGUGAGCAGGGGUGGUCCGAGAAAGAUCAGGGGUGGGAGGAGGAUAGCGAGAAGGGUACCGAGGGCGAGGUUGGUGACUCUUGUGAACUGGCGCCCCACAGUGCGAUGAGCGUGGGGGCUGGCAGGGUCGAUUCCCCCAGCCCCCAAGACAUCAGGCUCCUCCACGAUCUCGUCGAGGACCUCACCAAGGAGCAGGAGGAGAAGAUUAGGCCGCGUGCUGAACAGAAAAUUGACGGAGGGAUGAACGACGAAUCUAUCCUUUCCCAAGAUGUGUGAUAACGUGUGCUCCAGGUGCUGUCCCUUGGAAACGAUAUCCUCCCAGAGUACAAAUUACAGUCACCUAGAAUCGGCAAGUGGACCAUACUACACUAUUCACCCUUCAAAGCGGUCUGGGACUGGGUGAUACUGUUGCUCGUAUUGUAUACCGCCAUAUUCACCCCGUACGUAGCCGCCUUCGUCCUGUCGGAUCCGGAUUACAACAGCA